AUGGCCCCAGGUGCCGGGCGACACGACGAUGGGGAGUUUGACCACUCCCAGAACGAUGAGCUGCGUAUGUGCGGGAUGGUCGGAGAUGGUGAGGACGAUGAUGUCCGCGAGGACGCUGCCGUGCUCUUCGGCCGUUCUGCUGCUGAUCCCCUUCCCGUCGACGACUCCGACCCCCCAGUCGACGUGGCUGAUGCCGACGGUGGCCAAAGCGAGGUUAGCCCUGUCGGUUCUAAUCGCCCUUCCACGUCUGCUAUCUGGGAGGACUUUGAGAAGCACUACAAACUAAGAAAGUCUAUCUAUUAUAACCCAGUAUGUUCAAAUCCUGGAUCUAGAGAAAGGUUGCUCUAA